UUUUCUGUCGCAUUAUUCCAGAGCAUCAGUAGUUUUUAUGGCUGUAGUCUCCAUUGAAACAUUUGCCAAUGAUCCUUUUGGAGAUACAAAUACUUCUCUGGAUCAAAAAUUGUAUUUUGUGGAAACAGCUUAAAAUAAAUUACACUCCAUGGUUUCUGCCCUCUUCAAGAGCCUGAUCUCAUCUUAUCUAUAUAAGAUUUGCAAAGGAAUGUUUACAAAGAAAUUGGGAAACAGUACAAAAAGGAAAGAGAGUUGUCAGAGCAAAAAGGAACAAGACUUAACUCAGAUUGGACAAACAAAAAAUCCAAAAUUUUCAAAUACUUUAAAAAGCACCGUUAAAAAGAUUGCCAAGUGCCCAUCUGCUCGCAACUUGUCAACUGAAGAAGAGGAAAGCAAUAGAGAAUUUUCACUUUCUCCAACAUUCAGUUACAGAGUUGCUAUUGCCAAUGGACUGCAAAGACAUAUUUUUGUAGCAAACACUAAUAAUGAUGAUUUAGUUCAAGACCUGUCUUCAAAUGAUAGCUCAUGUUCUGAGUCAUUAAGUGAAGUAAAAACUAAUAGCAAGAAAAACGAAUACUUAUCCCACACAAUGCCUGUGAGACGCAACAGGAAAAGCUUGAGCAGCCUCGCGGCCUCUGAUGGGAGUUCGGAUGGAGAACGCACUUUACACACGCUGAAGCUGGGAGCCCUACGAAAACUAAGGAAGUGGAAAAAGAGCCAAGAAUGUGUCUCAUCAGACUCAGAGCUAAGUUCUUGGAGGAAAACAUGGGGAUUAAGAAGUAAAUCUUUGGACAGAACUGGCCGUCACCAGAAAUCAAAUACCCUUGAACCUGGCUUUAGUUCGACAGGUUGUAUUAGCCAAACCCACGAUGUUAUGGAAAUGAUCUUUAAAGAGCUUCAGGGAAUAAGUCAAAUUGAAACAGAACUCUCUGAAUUAAGAGGGCAUGUUAAUGCUCUGAAACAAUCAAUUGAUGAAAUUUCUAGUAGUGUAGAAGUUGUGCAAAAUGAAAUUGAACAAUUGCGAACUGGAUUUGUGCAGUCCAGAAGAGAAACACGGGACAUACAUGACUACAUUAAGCAGAUAGGCCAUCCAGGAAACAAAGCAAGUCUUAGGUUUCUAAAUGUGCCUGAAGAGCGGCUUGAAAAAGCUGAAAGCAUAGUUUACAAAAUAUUAAUGGAAAAAAUGGGAUUCUCAGAGGCACAAAGCAUUAUUAAAAUUGAGUUUGCCCAAAGGCUUGGGCAGCAAAGAGACUGUCCAAAUGCAAAGCCAAGACCCAUUCUUGUUUACUUUGAGUCAUCACAACAGAGAGAUCUGAUUUUAAAAAAGUCUUAUAAACUUAAGGGAACUGGUAUUGGAAUUUCCACAGAUAUAUUUUCCCAUGAAAUAAAAGAUAAAAAAGAAAGAGGACUGCCUUCUUCUCAGACAUAUGAAAGCAUGGAUAUGAAACUUUUAACUGUGGAGACAAAAUCUAAAAUGCAUGACUGGGAGUCACCUGACAGUGAUAAAGACUUGGAAUCAGAUAUAAAUAAGAACAGUUAUGCAAAAAUAUCUAAAUCAGCACUUCAGAUAAAAACAAGCACUACAAAAGGGACUACAGAGUCCCCAAACACUGAAGACCUUGACAGAACUACUGACAAUAGCACCUUUUCACAUAGAAGAAGUUAUGACAAUCAGUCACCAGAAUUUGACACUAUGGAAAAACAAUCAAAGACUUAUUAUUCAGAUGUGACUCCUUUAUGGCAUUUACAGAAUGACUUUGCAACACCAAAGCUUAGCCGUUCAGAAUCAGACUUCUCAAAAUUGUGUCAGUCUUACUCUGAGGAUUUUUCAGAAAGCCAGUAUUUCAGCAGAACAAAUGGCGGUUCAUUGCUGUCUUCCUCUGAUCGAGAACUUUGGCAGCGAAAGCAAGAUGAUUCUCUAAACUGGUAUGGCAGUUCCCAGGAGCAGACUUUUGCCCAAGACAUGCAACAGUAUCCAGAGCAAAAUGAAGCAGGGAACAUAGAAGGUAGUGGAGUAAGCAAUGGAAUAAUCUGUGUAUCUGGAGACAUAAACCAUUAUGAUGAUAGUCAGCAUUCUUUACAGGAUGAUCUCUCCCCAUGGAAAAACUGGAAUCAGUUGGAACAAGGGGCAGAUUUGGGCCUAGACUCAUCCACGCAGGAAGUUUUUGUGUAUGACAUGAGCAGCCCUUCAGAUCAACAGACAGAUUUUGGAAAGGGUCAAAGUUCUGACCUCCAGUAUGAUACUGAAAGCUAUGAUUUCACUCUAGAUGGUACUUCACCAUCGUGUCCAGGCCUUGACAGCGAAACACAAAGUCAGUGGACUGGUCAAUAUGAUGAUUAUCAGGAAACAAAUUCUAUCUCCUCUUAUCAGAAUCAAAACAGAUUGCCUAUGAUGUACCGAAGUCAAAGUGAACUACCAAGUGAUGACUCAGAGGAAACCGCCCCUAAAUCAUGGCACAGCAGAUUAAGCAUAGACCUUUCUGAUAAGACUUUCAGCUUUCCUAAAUUUGGAUCUACACUUCAGCGUGCUAAGUCCGCUUUAGAAGUAGUCUGGAAUAAAAGUACACAAAGUUUAAGCGGGUAUGAAGACAGCGGAUCCUCUUUUAUGGGAAGGUUUAGAACAUUAUCUCAGUCUACUGCAAAUGAAUCAAGUACAACACUUGAUUCUGAUGUUUAUGCUGAGCCUUAUUGCUACAAAGCAGAGUAUGAGGAAGAAUUAAUUGAGCCAUCUGGUGAGAAUGAAACAGACUAUGUAGAAGUAAUGGAACAAGUCCUUGCUAAACUAGAAAAUAGAACUAAUAGUAGUGAAACUAGUGAGCAGGUCCAAGAGUUUGAAUUGGACCAGUCUUUGUAUGAAACUCCAUAUGAAAUGCUACCAGAGGAACAAUAUGACGCACAGUUUGACAGUGUGAUCAGUGAAGAUAUAUUGGAAGUUGAAGGUGACAUGGCUCCUGAAGUAGAAAUAAGGGAGGAUGAAAAUCAGAAUGUUCCAGAGAUGAUUACUGAAGUUACUGAAAUUCCAAAGAAGAAAAGAAUACGACCCUCAUUUAAGGAAGCUGCUUUAAAAGCAUACAAGAAACAAAUGAGUGAUUUGGAGGAGAAGAUCCUUGCUGGAGAUAGCGGUUCUGUGGAUGAAAAGGCUCAGUUAGUAAGUGCAAGUUCCUUAGAUGCUUCCAAGCUUUAUGCAGUCCAAGCAUUUGCUGGUCGUGGACUGUAUGGAAUUGACAGCAUGCCAGACCUGCGAAGAAAGAAAUCUUUUCCCAUUGUUCGAGAUGUGGCUAUGACACUUGCAGCUCGAAAAUCUGGUAUUUCCAUGGCCAUGCUCAUCCGGACCUCCAUAAACACUGAUGAAAUGAAAAUGCAUGUCUUCAAGAAGACUCUGCAGGCUUUGAUCUAUCCAAUAUCAUCAACUACACCUCAUAACUUUGAAAUUUGGACAGCUACAACUCCCACAUACUGUUAUGAAUGUGAAGGCCUCCUUUGGGGCAUAGCCAGACAAGGCAUGAGAUGCACUGAAUGUGGUGUCAAAUGCCAUGAGAAGUGCCAAGACCUCCUAAAUGCUGACUGUUUGCAAAGAGCAGCCGAGAAAAGUUCCAAACAUGGUGCAGAAGACAAAACACAGAAUAUUAUUAGUGCUAUGAAAGAAAGAAUGAAGAUUAGAGAGAAAAAUAGACCAGAGGUGUUUGAAGUGAUCCAGGAAAUGUUUAAUAUUUCUAAAGAAGAUUUUGUACAAUAUACAAAAGCAGCAAAACAAAGUGUUUUGGAUGGAACAUCCAAAUGGUCAGCAAAAAUAACUAUCACAGUUCUUUGUGCUCAGGGCUUACAGGCUAAGGACAAAACUGGCUCAAGUGACCCUUAUGUUACAGUGCAAGUUGGCAAAAACAAGCGAAGAACAAAAACUAUUUUUGGAAACUUGAAUCCAGUAUGGGAUGAAAAAUUCUAUUUUGAAUGUCAUAACUCUACAGACAGAAUAAAAGUAAGAGUAUGGGAUGAAGAUGAUGAUAUCAAAUCUAGAGUAAAACAGCAUUUCAAAAAGGAAUCAGAUGACUUCCUCGGGCAAACAAUCAUUGAAGUAAGAACACUGAGUGGAGAAAUGGAUGUAUGGUAUAAUUUAGAAAAGCGAACAGAUAAAUCGGCUGUCUCUGGUGCCAUUAGACUGAAAAUCAAUGUUGAAAUUGAAGGAGAGGAGAAAGUUGCUCCCUAUCAUGUGCAGUACACCUGUCUACAUGAGAAUCUGUUCCAUUACUUGACGGAAGUUAAGUCUAACGGUGUGGUGAAGAUCCCUGAAGUGAAGGGCGAUGAGGCCUGGAAGGUGUACUUCGAUGAUGCUGCCCAAGAAAUUGUGGAUGAGUUUGCAAUGCGCUACGGAAUUGAAUAUAUUUAUCAAGCUAUGACGCACUUUUCCUGCCUCUCUUCUAAAUACAUGUGCCCUGGUGUUCCAGCAGUUAUGAGUACGUUGUUGGCCAAUAUAAAUGCUUUCUAUGCUCAUACAACGGCAGCAACAAAUGUAUCUGCCUCAGAUCGCUUUGCUGCUACUAACUUUGGGAGAGAAAAGUUCAUAAAGCUGCUGGAUCAAUUGCACAAUUCUCUGAGGAUUGAUUUAUCUAAAUACAGGGAUAAUUUUCCUGCCAGCAAUUCUGAAAGACUCCAAGAUCUGAAAUCAACUGUGGACCUGCUAACCAGCAUCACUUUUUUUCGGAUGAAGGUCCUGGAAUUGCAGAGCCCCCCUCGAGCCAGUACUGUGGUGAAAGACUGUGUAAGAGCCUGCCUGGAUUCAACUUAUAAAUACAUUUUUGACAAUUGCUAUGAUCUCUAUUCCCAAUUAGUGGAUCAGAGUAAGAAACAAGAAGUUCCUAAAGAAGAACAGGGACCAACAACAAAGAAUUUGGAUUUCUGGGCACAGCUUAUUACUCUGAUGGUCACCAUUAUAGAUGAAGAUAAAACAGCAUAUACACCAAUCUUGAACCAAUUCCCUCAAGAGCUGAACAUGGGAAAAAUCAGUGCUGAAAUCAUGUGGACUCUGUUUGCCCAGGACAUGAAAUAUGCUCUGGAAGAACAUGAAAAGCAGCGAUUAUGCAAAAGCACAGAUUAUAUGAAUUUGCACUUCAAAGUGAAAUGGUUUUAUAAUGAAUAUGUGAGAGAACUCUCUGCUUUCAAGGAUGCAGUGCCUGAAUACUCUCUGUGGUUUGAACCAUUUGUCAUUCAGUGGCUGGAUGAAAAUGAGGAUGUCUCAAUGGAAUUUCUUCAUGGAGCACUAGAAAGAGACAAAAAAGAUGGGUUUCAGCAAACAUCAGAUCAUGCCCUCUUCUCUUGUUCUGUGGUUGAUGUCUUCACACAGCUCAAUCAAAGCUUUGAGAUUAUUAGGAAAUUGGAGUGUCCUAAUCCAGAAGCACUAUCUCAUUUAAUGAGAAGGUUUGCAAAGACCAUCAACAAAGUACUUGUUCAGUAUGCUGCAAUCAUUUCAAGUUACUUCAGCUCCUAUUGUGAUAAAGAAAAUGUGGCCUGUAUCUUGAUGAACAACAUUCAGCAAUUAAGAGUCCAGCUUGAGAAAAUGUUUGAGUCCAUGGGAGGGAAGGAGUUGGAUGCUGAAGCUAGUGUUGUUCUAAAAGAACUUCAGGUGAAACUUAGCAAUGUAUUGGAUGAACUCAGUGUAACAUAUGCUGCAAGUUUCCAAUUUGUUGUUGAAGAUUGUGUGAGACAAAUGAGCAAUGAACUGAAUCAAAUGAGAGGAAAUGGGAAUGCAGCAGCCAAUAAGAACAGCGCAGCCAUUGAUGCUGAGAUUGUGCUUCGGCCUCUCAUGGAUUCCCUGGACAAAACUUUAAGUGUCUCUGCAAAAAUCUGUGAGAAGACAGUUCUGAAAAGAGUUUUGAAAGAGCUCUGGAAGUUAGUCUUAAACAAAAUAGAAAAGCAAAUUGUGCUUCCACCACUGACAGAUCAAACUGGGCCCCAGAUGAUAUUCAGUGCAGCCAAAGAUCUUGGACAACUGUCAAAACUCAAGGACCACGUGAUCCGAGAGGAAGCCAAAAGCCUGACCCUGAGGCAGUGUGCAAUAAUGGACGUGGCACUAGUGACUAUAAAGCAAUAUUUCCAUGCUGGAGGAAGUGGGCUGAAAAAGAAUUUCCUGGAAAAGAGCCCAGACCUACAGUCCCUCAAAUACGCUCUCAGCCUUUACACACAAACUACUGACGCCUUGAUAAAGAAGUUUAUAGCCACACAAACUUCUCAGAGUCAAACUGCUAAUAAUUCAGUGGGUGAGAUAUCUGUACAGGUGGAUGUCUCUACCCAUCCUGGAACUGGUGAGCAUAAAGUCACUGUGAAAGUUGUAGCAAUUAAUAACCUAAACUGGCAAACAACAGCUAUGUUCCGGCCCUUCGUGGAAGUUUGUAUAUUGGGUCCUAAAUUAAGUGACAAGAAAAGAAAACAUGGAACAAAGACAAAGAGCAACACCUGGUCACCAAAGUACAAUGAAACUUUCCAAUUCCUGCUGAGUAACGAAGAUAAGCCGGGAGCCUACGAGCUUCACCUGUCAGUGAAGGAUUAUUGCUUUGCGCGGGAAGAUCGCAUCAUCGGCAUGACGGUCAUCCAGCUGCAGGGCAUCGCCGACAGGGGCAGCUGCGCCUCCUGGUACCCCCUGCUCAGGAGCAUCUCCGUGGAUGAGACCGGGCUAACAAUCCUUAGAAUUCUUUCUCAGAGGAACAAUGAUGAAGUUGCUAAAGAAUUUGUAAGACUUAAAACAGAAACAAGAUCUGCUGAAGAAACGGCCUAA